AUGGAUUCCAGUCGCCGUUGCCCAUCCCUCUCGUUCCGAUCAGCGUGGUUGGCGUCGCUCGUCGUCUGCCUCACCCACCUCGCCUUAAUCUCCGCACAGACCGCCACAGAGUUGGUCACCUUCACCACUGGCUCAGCAUCUCUCAACACACCAUCAAAAACUGCAGCACCCUCUGAAAUCGCCACCGCCGCCACCACACGAACUGCCCCCGCAGUUACCAGCACCACCAUCCCAGAACUCCAGCUCGAUGGUCCUCAAGUCCCUUUCCUCCUCCAAAAGCCCAUCCCUGCUGAAGCAAAUCAUCCCUCUCGCAGAGUCUCAUCGCGUAUGAAAGAUGUUUACUUCACAGGCUGUCCCGCUGAUCAGGUCAACUACGUUGAUGCCGAUCUGCGUCUCAACAUUUCUGCCGUCUAUACCCAGUUCGAUACCGAUCUCGGCAGCACCAACCAUCUUUCCAGCCACCAUCCGUAUCACGCGGGCGUGCUUCGUAUCGUCGCUGUCGGAGCCACCAACUCGCAAGGCAGGACCGUCAAUACCAAUGUCGCGCCUCAACUGCUCAGUACGCUCUCGGUGGAAACGCAGUUCUUGACCUUCAGCGUCUUCCGCAAUGACUCGUAUCUUUGCGAUAGUCUCUAUCCCCUCGCUCCGGAUCCGAAUGGAGCUGUUAUAAACGGCGUUGUCAUUCAACCAGCAGGCUGCUUGUAUGGUCCUGGUCAGGUUUCCUUGGGUGUUGGCAUUCCUCUCAAUCACACCUACACGCUUGGCACGCUCUGGACUCGUAUUCGCCUCAGCGACACUUCCAGCCCACCUCUGGACAUCGCUUGUAUCCAAGUUCACGCCAGUCCCUACCUUGAGGACAAGUGGUACUGGCGUUUAAUCUUCUGGUUCCCUGUAGCUUUGACCAUCGGCUACUUUGUCCUCCUUGCACUUGGCCGGAUCUUCUGCGCUCUCACCUCGCGUGCUCGGGCGUUCAAGCACAAGGCUAGGGAAGGCAGCCAGCCAAACGUCAUCAAAGAUACCAUCGCACCAACACUCGUCUCCUCUAUCACAGGUCAGAAGUUGGCGCUCAGUGCAGCUCUUCUCCGUUUCGCAACACCAGGAUGCUGGGAUAUCAUCAUGCACACUCAGUUCGUAGCUGCCAUCUCGAUGAUUGCAGUCCGAUGGCCCCAAUUCUCCUACGCAUUCUUCAAGCAGGCCGCUUGGUCGACACUCACAGGCAACCUCACCAUCAUUCGCCCCGCCAUGCUGGAUAGCCAAUUUGAUCUGCUCACCACCAACGCCACACUGCCUUCGGGAGAUAUCAGCACUCAGUUCUCCAACACUUCUUCCCCGCUCUACAUGAAUGAGCGAGUCCCCAAUCGCUUCAUCAAUCUAGGUGGUGCACGGGCUGGUAUGGAUGCAUAUGCGCACGUCGUGGGGUUGCCAACUCGCGAUCUCUUCGGCACUUGUCUUUCGAUCUGGUUCUUUAUUGUUGCAGCCAUCGUUGCUCUCUCCUUGCUCGCCUGGAUCGUCGAUUCCAUUCACGACACUCUGCUGCGCUUGCGAAAGCGACGUGAAGAUGGCUACAACCUCGAUGCUGCUGAUGCAACAGUUGCUGUCCCAGAGUCAAAAGAGAUGGUCGAAGCAGACAGCGAACAAGCAAGAUCCUCGCUCAGUCCUCGUGGCGGUUACCGCUUCCUUGGUACCAGCGCUCGACGCCUUGUUGGAUCCAACAACAACUCCUUUCAUCUCCGCAUGCUCCACGGCAACAUUUUGAGAGCAAUCUUCCUCUUCCAUCUUCCUAUCACCAUCUUCACCAGUCACCAGAUGGCCAAUGCCGACAUCUUUUCCGCCACAUCAGUCGCACUCGCCGCGCUGGCGUUUGCAUUCCUCUCCAUUCUGGCUCCAGUCUAUGCGCUCUUCUGUAUUAGCCGUGCAGCCACUGCUAAGCUCUACGACUCGAUCGGCACGCUUUCCGCUUUUGGUCCGAUCUACAACACUUACAGUCCCGGAUCGCAGCUCUUCUGUGCUGUCGACUUGGCACGAACCUUUGUGCUCGGCCUCGUGAUUGGUGCAGGUCAGGCAAGCGGUAGUGCACAGGCAAUCAUCCUGCUGAUAUUCGAGAUCAUGUUUGCGCUUGCUUGCAGUCUCUGGUUGCCUUGGGGUGAGGGUGCUAUGAUGGGUCCGGUUAGCUUUGUUGCUAGCGUUCUGCGUAUCAUUACGGCGGUGCUCAUCUUGCUGCUCAGUCCAUUGGUCGACUUUGGACGGGAGCCAGUGGCAUGGUUGACCUAUGUGAUCUUGCUUAUUCAGGCGAUCCUGUAUGUCAGCGCGGCGCUGAUCUUGGUUUUCAAGGUGCUUGAAGGUCUUGUACGUCUGAUCGGCCGUGCUUCGUUGGAUGAGCGUGCUUCGCCCCGCACUUCUGGUUUGGGUGGUGCGCUUCGGAAGAUCAAGCAGAAGAAGCAAACGCUGCAGCUCAACAAGAAUAAGGGAAAGCGUCUCUCGCAGACUCAGCAGCCGCUCAAUCGACCGGCUUCGUCAAACACACAGAGGUUGAUGCUUGCAAGUGUGGGCAAAGAGAGCUCUACUGGUGAAAACACACCUGCUGUCCCUUCGUCGCCACGCAAGCUCAGCACGUCGUUGCCGUCGACUGCGAUGUCGAUGAACCGUAUGCCCAUGCAUUCUCGUCAAGCUUCGUAUGCUUCCUAUCUGGAUAGCCAGUUCCAAGGUCGCAGAUCGCCGGCGGAUAUGCUGGACAAUGGCAACAGCCCCUACUCGACUUACUUGCGAGGUGAUCCGCAUGAUGAAGGAUACAUUAUGGCUGCCUUGCCUCCUUCAGUUGUAGCAAACAGUCGACCUGUCUCACCACCACCGCCACAUCUGCAUGAGUGGAACGGCAGACAAUCUCCACCUCCACCCCAACCAAGCCAAUCUGGAUUCGUUCGCAUGGGUGGAGGAAAAGCUACAGAUGCCGCACCCUAUCAAGCCUUGCGUACGGGUCAACCGCUCACUCGACCCCUCAGCAGCGGCAGUAUGGAGCGCAUGCCCCCUUCCCAACAGUACCAAGCACUACCACCACAACAUCGCCAACGACCUCAAUCACAAAAUGGAAACGUAGACUCGUACUAUGAGCAGCAACGUCGAUUGUCCAUGCCCGCUCAGAAGCCGGAUGAGGGUGUAGGUCUAUCGAGCACCGAAGCUGCUGCACGCAACGCUACAGUUGGACGCUACUCUCAAGGAGCCCAACUGCGCGCGAGCCAAUCCAUCGCUGGAAUGAUGCCAGUCGACAAAGAGGGUCAGCCCAUACAACAAACUUGCCCGAAGUCAAAGGGCAAGUUCUGGAAACGAGACAACGGUAUUCGUAGCGACAGCGACAGUGACGAUGAUGACUAUGCCGAUGAUGGUAUCGGUGCCUACCGUUCGCGUGGACGCUGGAGAGGAUGGAACAAGAUGAAUGCCGCGAUGAGCAGUCUUGCUGCUCGACUGGGUGGGAAAGGUGGAGACACAGCUGAGCAAGGGAACACGAGUCUUGAGCCUCCUGCUUCGGAAGCGGAUGUUUCUGGCACAAGACAAGGUGGUGGUGGAUUUGAGGUUGUGAGACCUCAGAGACCAAGGAAGAGCUCAGUGGCGGCGGAGAGAGUGUUGGAUUCCACUGCGUUGGCUGCUGCGAAUGCUGGUGUGAGGCAGCAACAGCAAGGUGUGCAGCCAUCGCCGACUCCUACUGCAGUUGCACCGAUGGGGGCAGGAGAGGCUAGUCGAAGUGGCAGCAGAGCAGGGAUCGUAUCAUCUGCUGCCGAUGCUUACUCGAUGCCGAACUACGAAUCUCACUCUCACCCUUCGGCUAUCGACGAUUUCGAUGCAUCCUCUGGAACGUUGCCUCCAGGAGCAGCACAACAAGCUCUCCUCCUCCCCUCCUCCUACCGCACCUCCUCCUCCCGCCCGGCAUCCACCAUCCUCGCCCAAACCACCUCCUCCAAGCCUAAGCUGGAUGAAGAAAUGUUCUGGGUCUCCACCACCUCCUCCUCCACCUCCUCUCCUUCGCUCCCUCGCCCGCUUUCACAGCAAGUGUCACACUCACGACCAGCUUCAACCUCGUCCUCACGUAUGAUGGCAACAGUCCCCUCAGGUAGCGAGGCAAGAGAUUCACGACAACAUGUCAGCACUUGUCCGUCCCGGGGUAAGAUUGCCGAACCGAUGCAGGCGGAAGUGAUGAAUGCAGAAGAGAUCUCGGAUGGUAGUGCUGGUGGUACUCCUGCUGCUGUUGGAGGGCCGAUGCUGGGAUUGGAUAGUAACGGAGGAGGAGUUGGAAGAGGAGGGGGAAGCAUUUUUGGUGGCAACGGACGACUGAUUGAGGAUGCGAUUGAUUUCGAUCGUCCGCAGUACCAGACAGAGGAGAAGCGGGUUGUAUGGGAUGCUGCUCAGGCUUACAAUUCCUAA